GUUUGAUGGACCUGAUAGUUAGACAUUGAGAGCUAGAGGUGUUACAGCGUUGGUUCGGUCAGACGAGACUGCGGACAGAAAGCAGAUCUUAUAUAGAGGCCUGUAAACAUACACAGGAAAAUGGUACAGAAGUCUACUGUCGCUGGGCUUGCGAUGCUGCUCCUAGCAGCGGUUGCCACGUUUUUGGCUGUUUUCUUCAGUCUGCGGGCCAAGGCGUCUGGUAACGGUUACUUCAAAGCAGCGGUAGCGGCGGAUGCUGGGCCGUGCUCGGAAAUCGGCAGGGACAUUCUUAAAAAAGGAGGAUCUGCUGUAGAUUCUGCCAUUGCUGCUCUGUUAUGCGUUGGUUUGAUGAAUGCUCACAGCAUGGGCAUCGGUGGAGGGCUCUUUUUCACUAUUUAUGACCCCAAAACAGGAAAAGUCGAAACCAUCGAUGCACGUGAGACGGCCCCUGCGAACGCAACCAGAGACAUGUUUGGAAAUAGUACAGACCUUUCCCAGAAAGGUGGUUUGUCCAUUGCUGUCCCAGGGGAGAUUCGGGGGUAUGAAAUGGCAUACAAACGCCACGGCAAGCUUCCAUGGAGAGAACUGUUCUUACCAAGCAUACAACUGGCACGAAACGGCUUUCGUGUUGGCAACGCUUUGGCCGGUGCCAUUAAUUCAAACAAAAAAACUAUCAUGAAUGACAAAACAUUAUGUUCUGUGUUUUGUGAUUCCACCGGCAACAUCCUUCGGGAAAACGACACAAUCAUCUUUGCCAAACUGGCUGACACUUACGAGCACAUAGCCGAGAAUGGGCCAGAUGCGUUUUACAGCGGCCCGCUGGCCGAGAACCUCGUGAGGGAUAUCCAAGCUGCAGAGGGGAUUAUAACCCUGGAGGACCUGAGAAAUUACAAGCCUUUGCUUGAUGAGAACCCACCUACUGUUAACAUAGGAGAAUACGCAAUGGUGACUCCCAACGCUCCUGCCAGCGGACCCGUCCUCACUUUAAUACUCAACAUCCUGAGCGGUUUUAACUUUAGCCCAGACAGCGUCUCCACCACAGAUAAGAAAAUCCUCACCUAUCACCGUAUAGUGGAGGCCUUCCGAUUCGCAUAUGCCAAAAGGUCUAUUCUGGGUGAUCGAAAUUUUCUCAACAUCUCUGAUUUCAUCCAGAACAUCACCUCAAAGGAUUACGCUGACAUGAUCCGACAAAAGAUCACAGAUGACACAACACAGCAGGAGGGCUACUACGAACCCGAGUAUUUUAUUCCGGACAAUCACGGCACGGCGCAUCUGUCGGUGGUGGCGGAGGAUGGAGCCGCUGUCUCCGCCACCAGCACCAUUAAUCUAUACUUUGGCUCUAAGUUCAUGUCAGAUUCAACAGGGAUUAUACUCAACAAUGAGAUGGAUGACUUCAGCUCUCCUCUGAUUACUAACAAUUUUGGAGUUCCUCCUUCUCCCAAUAACUUUAUUGUACCAAAUAAAAGACCGAUGUCUUCUAUGUGUCCUGCCAUACUGCUGGAUAAAAACAACAAAGUUAAGAUGGUGGUCGGAGGCUCUGGUGGAACAAGGAUCACUACGGCAGUAGCCCAGGUGAUCCUAAACUCCUUGUUUUUUGAUUACGACCUUGAAAAAUCAGUAGUGGAGCCGAGGAUUCACAAUCAGCUCAGUCCUAACACCACACAGGGAGAGCCUGACUUUAACAAGGCAGUGUUGGAGGGUCUUGCGCAGAAGAACCACUUUACAGAAGUGUUAAAGUCCACGGUCUCUGUGGUUCAGGCUAUAGUGCGAUAUAGUGAUGGACUUCGUGCCAAGUCAGACCCACGCAAGGGAGGCUACGCGGCUGGGUACUGAACACUGCAUCCGACUCAUCGAUCCGGAUUUCCAGUCCAGCUUCAGGCAAAAGACUUAAUACCUAAGGACAUUUUCCCCAGAGCUGCUCGGAAACAACCCAGUGCCUUCAUUAGAGAUCCAACAAGCCUCAGAGUCGCCUCUGGCAGAUCAAAAUCUCCAUUCAUGACUCCACCACCAUUUUUCUCUUAACAUUGAUCCUUGCUCGUUCUGCAUUCAGUGAAAAUUCAAUUUCAAAUACUGGCUGACAAAUACACGCACAAAGAAAACCGUUUAAUCUUUUGAUUAAAUCACCUCGUCCUGAAUUUAAGAUCCAUAUCAUGUUACCAUGGAGUGGUAGGCUAUUUAUUUCUAAAAAUAAAUUUAUUUGACAAGUGAUUGUUAAGUUUAAAGCUGGUCUUUUAUCCACACUAAGAUUUGCAUCCAGGCCAGUGAAGCUUUUACAGGACUAAGCUGAAGCUUCUCAGGGGAGCAAGUUUUAAUCAUGCUAAAGUUUAAAUACUCAUUUUAAUGUCCCACGAGUAUGACGCCCUACCAGGGACACAACAGCUGAACAUCAGCAUCAUUUAUGCUUACAUUUCCAGGAGAUGGACAAAAACACAUGUUAAAGGGGUCAUAUUAUGAGAUUUUUAUAAAGAUGUAAAAUAAGACUUUGAUGUACCUAGAUUGCAAACGUUAAGUUUUAAAUCAAAAUACCCAACAGAUUAUUUAUUAUAGCAUGUUAAAAUUGCCACUUUGUAGGUGCAAAAAUCUGCCGUUUUUGGGUGUGUCCUUUAAAAUGCAUAAUGGUGAUUUUUCUGAAAUUGAAACUUGACAUUUUUUUCUCUCUCUCUUUCUCUCUGCACUAAAUGUCAGUGCUGUGGUUGGAUAGUGCAGAUUAUGGGGCAGUAUUAUUGUAAUAAGACUUGCUAUCUACCUCACAAAACAGGCAAAAUCUAAAUGACGAAAUCCGUUUUUUUUUGCACAUGUAAGAUUAAG